GCUGCGACUCGGCCUGGCUCGAGGGCCACGGGACCUGGACGUUGCGAGGCUGUGGCUCACGGUCCUUGUGAUGUUCAUCCACGUCGUCGACCACGGACCCUGGCUUCCCGUCACCCAGCACACGAGCGGAGCCUGGCUCUGCCUCCUCCGCAGUGGCCUGAACCGCGUGAACGUGGCCUUCGUGGUGCUCCUGGUCCACCUCAGCAUCAGCCGUAGGUCCUUGAAACAGGCAAUCUCCCUGUGGGGCUGGGUCAGAGGUCUGUUGCACCACAUCUUGAAGAGAUGGCUUGUGAUUUCACCGGUGGUCUCAUUCUGGAGCUUUGUUUUCGUUCACGCGCCCUUUGCAGAUGUUCCCAUGAACAACAUUUUGAAGUCCCACGCGCUGUUUCACCACUACAGCGCGAAGCGAGACGAGUGUGCGCAUCCGCUGCAUUUGAUGUCGAGCUCGUUCUUGGUGCAUGGGCCGCUGAUGGGCAGGGCGUCGCCUUGCAUGAAUGCCGACAUCUUCGAGAGUUUGUUCCAAGUGGACGUUGUGGUGUUCGGCUUGCUCUCUGCAGUGGGCCGUUUCCGUGCUGCCACCGUGGCGCACUUGCUGUGGGUGCCUGCGGUGAUUCUGAGCUAUCAUACAGUGCCUGGUGCCUCCUUUAACGGAGCCGGUCACCACUUCACUGGUCUGCUGCCCUCAGCACUUGCGACAUUGGCAAUCUCUUCCUGGCUCAGCCCUUACGAGCUUCAGCUUUGUCCCCGUACGCGGGCGCCCUGUCGAUACGCCCUGCGAAUUCUUGCGAGCACAUGCAUUGCAGCAACUUGCUUCCAGGACUUGCUUACUACCGGAGGCAAAUUCGCAUUUCCCUUGCCUAGCCUUGAGGGUAUGGCAAGCUUCCUCAAGGCGCUGCAUCCAAAAAAAGAGCAAUAUGUGAUUUUCUGUCAUGUUUACGAGCUGGUGUUUGUGCUCGGACUCGUUAUCCACUUGAAGCUGGGCUGGCAAGCGCUUGCCCAACGCCAGGAGGAGGCUUUGGCCAUGGGCUCCGUCGAGGCUGUCAGGGUCUUCUACGGGGUCACAAAUGACACUUGGGCCGUGGUUCAUGCUCAGCUGGGCCAGCCAGAUAUGCGGAUCCUGGCCGCCCUUCCUCCUGAGGCCCUGGUGGAAAACGUUAUGACAGCAAGGAGAAUUGCUUGGACCAAAUGGGGAGGGGACUAUGAGGCUUGGGCCGAUGUGGACCCGUGGGCCAAGCCACCGGCACCCCCGGCACCUGCGACCUCGACGUCAUCUACAACUACAGGCCUGAAGGAAAGGGGCAUCAAGAUGUCGGCCACCAUCGACCAGUCAGAUGACUCAGAGUUCGCCCCGGAGAGCUUGGCCACGGCGGAGGACGAGGACUGCACCGUGGAGCAGCUCAGCGCGCUGAACAAGCGGGUGGCCUCGCUGGACCUGCCGCCCUACGUGGACCUGGCAGUUUGGCAGCCCUACGGGCGGAGAGCGCUCAAGGCGACCAAGUUCAGGGCGUGGUUCCCGGACGGAGCGGGGGCCUAUAUCGCGAAGGAGCUGCCGGGGCCCUCGAACUACAGCCAGUGGCUCGCAGCCUGGCGGGUUUUCCAGACGGCGGCCAUCAUGCUGGACAUCCUCCCGCUCGCCACCCUCCAGCUGUACGAGCGGCACAUAGAACGCCUGACUAAACUCUACCCGGCGGCGUGGCAUCUCGUAGCCCUUGCCGAUGACAAAGCCCGCGGGGAAAAGUGGGCACGGUUCCGGCUGAAGAUCACCGCGGACAACGCAGCGGGGAAGCCGAAGCCCGACCGGUGGGAUGAACGCCGACCUUGGAUUGCAGCCAUGCACGCCAUCGUCAAUGACAGCGCCUACUGGGAGGAGCAGGUCAGGGCGCCAGCGAACGCCUGGAUGGCGACCGGAGGCCGGGGCGUGCCCAAGACGCCCGAGGACGACUACAACCACAGCCGGGGCUCCGCCGCGGGCCUCGAGGACGAGGGCAGCCCCAACAAGCGGCGCACGGCCAAGGAGCGCCGGCUGCUCAAGAAAGCCAAGGUGAAUGCAGACAAGGAGGAGCUCAAGAGAUUGCGGGCGACGGCGGCGGCAAGGCCUGCAAAGGCAAGGUCAAGAGGGCGCACAAGUGCCGCAUCUGUCUUAGCCCGGGCCAUCGUCAAGAUCCCGAUUUUCCAGAGAUCCCAACAGGAAAAUUGGCAAGACCCUGUUUGCAACAUGUCUUCCGCAAAGCCUCGGCCUCUGCAUGUUGGCCGCUUCCUCCACCUCUACUCGGGCGAGCGGGAUGUGCUAGCGGAGGCGCUGAUGGACCAAUGCGAGAAGGCGGGCAUCACCUUGAAGACCACGAGCCUCGACAUCAGCCGCGGCAACAACCUCCUCGACCCGGCCCUCCACAAAGAGACGCUCCGCGGCGCACGCCGGCUUCCCCUGCGGUCAAGGGAGCACAUCUACGGCCUCCCCGGGAACACGAAGGCCCAACACGAGAAGGCGGACCGCGGAACCGUGAUGGCGGUCAACGCCCUGGAGAUCCUGAUGGCGGUCGAGGGCAGCCAGCUCAACCAGCCCGGCGACGGCCUCCUCAGACCGACGACGAUUGAAAAUCCUCCCGACGGGCACCCAGAAGCGGGUUCUGCCUUUGCCCUCCCGGGGGGCAACACUGCCGAGCCGGUGCGCCUGAAGGGCGUCCUCGAAUACGCCUCGCCGAUCGACGCAGAGCUGCUAGAGGCCUGGAUGGCCUCGACCCAUGAUCCAGACGAAGAAGUUCUUCAUUGGGUGAGGCGGGGGGCCCCCUUAGGCGCCCAUCUGCCAAUACGCUGCACCGGCAUCGAUGCGGACCCAAAGGCGUAUGAAUCGCAAGUCGAAGCCGAGGAGUGGGCCACCCAGGGCAACUACAAGAGCUUCAUGGACAACAGGCUCGACGCGGAUGAGGAGAUGGAGAGGCUGAUGGCCAAGGGCUUCGUCAAGAAAAUCUCCAUCGAAGAUGCGGAGAAAUACUUCGGCAAGCCUGUGGUGAGCCGUUCGGGGCUCAUCAUCAAGGAGAAGGCGGACGGCACGAAAAAGCGGCGUGUCAUCGUAGACGCGCUGCGGUCCGGGGCGAAUGCUCAGGCGGUGUGCCCCGAAAGGAUAGUGCUGCCGCGGCCGGAGGACGUCCACCACAUGCUCAAGGACAUGAAGAGAGCGGAGCCGGACCUGAGGGCGUGGUACUUUGCCAACAAGCUGGACCGCAGCGAGUGGGGAGCCGAGUUCAUCGCCGCGGACCUCGUCGACGCCUUCACCCACCUUCCCAUGGCCGAGGAGGAACUGGCGCAGUGCGUCUCCCCCGCGGGGGACGGGAAACACGUCUACGUCUUCGUGGCCUUGUUCUUUGGGCACAAAACAGCUCCGCUGCUUAUGUGCCGGUUGUCGGCUUUGUUCACAAGGUUGGUGCAGGGCAUGUUUGCCAAAGGGGAGCUGCAGCUGGCCACCUACGUGGACGACCCGCUCGCAGUCCUGGUGGGCUCCCGAACCCGCCGGCUCAGGAACCUCUCCCUCAUGCUCCUCACCUUGGCGGCGCUGGGCAUCCAGCUCUCGUGGGCCAAAGGCGACCGAGGCACCAAGUUGGUCUGGAUUGGUGUCCAGUUCGAGCUCAGAUGGCGGGAGGGAGCCCUCUUCUGCGAAGUGCCAGACAAGCUGAGGACGGAGAUCCUGGGCUACCUCGACAAGUGGAAGGGGAUGAUCCCCGUCUCCGAGCUCAGGUCCGUCACGGGCAAGCUCACGUGGGCCGCGGGCAUCUACAAGAGAUCGCGGUGGGCGGUGAGCAUGCUCUACGCGGCUUUGGCGGCCCACGAAGCAGAACUUAAAAGUGGGGAAGAAGAAGCAAGGCGAGCGAGACGAGACGACCCUAGGAACAAGGACCACCUCAUCCCGGUCAAGAGGUUCGAGAUAGCUAGGCGCUGGUUGGCCGAGCUCUUUCGGACCCAGCGGCUGGCUACCAAGAAGACGCUGUGGCGGGUCACGGAGCACGCCAUGAUCAUCACGGACGCCUCCCUUCAGGCUGCGGCGGCCUCUUCCUCAGGACCUCCAACACCUGCCCCUGGACGAUCCUCAGAACUUACGAGUACGAGGUGGACGGGGAGGAUGCCAAGCUCCUGGGCUUUGCUGGGCUCCCACAAGUCGCAGGCUUACUUGGAGGCCCUGGCGCUCUUCCUGGCUGUGAAGGAGUGGGGCACCCUCUUCUCGGGGAUCGACAUGGGCCUCGCCGUCAGGUCCGACUCUACGGUGGCCUUGGCGGUGGCGGACAAGGAGUCGUCCUCUUCCCCGGCCUUGAACGCUCUGGCCGCUGAGCUUUCGUUCAGCAGCAUGGAGCUCACAAUCUGGGCCCCACCCGCCCCGGCACUCGAUCCCCCUCGAAAGGACCCCGAGAGAACCGAGAACACCGUCGAGGGCCGCGCGCGAGCCAGAGGCGACACCGAGGCGAGCCUCCUCGCCUCCAGGGACUUCGGUGGCCACGCAGACGAACGAGCCUUCAGCCUCCGCCAAGGCCAACUUCUUCUCGACGACGAACGCGGCCCCAAUGGCCCCAAGAGCGCGAAGGCACAAGGACGCGCUCGACCUCGCAGCGGCGGUGAACCAAGGCAGGGACCCGUUUCCUUUGGCACCCAGCACGGUGCACAAGUUCGCGGCGGUGCUAAAGAAAGCGGGCUACAAGUCUGGGCCGCAGCACCUGAGUGCUCUCAGGGUCCUCCAAGCAGAGCGGGACUGGGAGCUGCCGGCAAUCAAGAGGGCCUUCGACGACAAGGAGGCAGACGUGCUCAAGCCCGGGAACGUGGCCUACCCAGUCCUCACCUACGCCCUGGCCCUCUUCAUGAUGAGAAUGAUAGAGCUCCUGGACCUCAACUGGACAUCGCCAAGGAUGGUCGCGAAGAAGCUCAAGGCAGCCUGCGAGGCACGGUGGGGUACCACGACCUCCUCUUCAAAGAAAGUGGUGGUGACUACGGAAGGCAGGCAGGCCACGCGGGAGGAAGUUCUACGAGCCUGGUCGGACGCGGCGGGAACACCGCUGCAAGGCCACUCGGCGAGAAGGUCGGGGGCGCUGUUCUACGUGAGGGCAGGCCUCUCGAUCCCGGAGAUCACCUUUCUCGGCCGGUGGCACUCAGACCUUGUCUUCCAGUACGCAGAGGAAGCCUGGGCGGACAAAGCGUGGGCACACGCAGGGGCAAGCGCGGAGCUCCGAAGGCCAAACCAAAGCCGAGCUCUUCCGAGCCGCGGCGGUGGGCGACCCGGCGACCCUACAGCUCGCGUGCCCAGUCAGCUGGAGGUGCUCAUCGACAGGCCCAAGUGGAUCAAAACCUACGGCCGGUCCAAAGUGGUACACCUGAUGGACCCAGCACCCACAGUCUGCUCGGCGCAGUGGAAGACCAAGUGCGGGUGGCCUUUCGCCCGCUCCAAGCACUUCACCCUCUACGCGGAUCCGCCACCGGGCACCAGCAAGUGCAGGAAAUGCAGGCUACACAUGGUGGGCAUCGCGGCAAGCCAAUACGCAAGAAAGUGCGAUGCAACCGCAGCUUUUAUGGGCCUGGGU